GCGCAAUACGCUUGAAUGUCUCAUAAACGGGCUCUGUAUUAAACUACUCCGGUUACUGGCAGCUCGUUCGACUGUCCAUCGUUCAGUCACUGGGUUGUCCACCGCGCCUGCGAAUAUCUGUAUUAGUUUUUCGCACGAUUUUCAUUUCGCACGGUUCGGGUUUUCUUAAUGCGAUGAUAAUGUUUCGCCUGAUCGAGAGAUCCUUGUAUGGCAAAAGUGAGACGUGAUUGGAAGAAUCGAAAAAAACCGAGCGUUUAUCGUUAUUGAACGUGGUGGUAGAGGAGAAUUGUAUUUUUAAACUGCACACGUUUUCCAUCGCACACGGAUAAUUUUUCACUCGCAGAGAGAUUGGGAAUGAAUUUUCAAUACAGAACACGGGGCACUAUUAUCAAUGAUGGAUAAAUUUGAUGCAUUGGCAGGACAAUGUGGAAAAGUAUGGCUCACAGUUUCCUCUUUGUGGAGACCAAUUGCUGCUUCCGACAAAGUGGUCGACGCGGAAUUAGAAAUAAAUUGGGAAUUUGAUUGUCUAGUAGGCACAAAAUUUUCAAAUAUCGAGAUCAAGGCGUUCACUGCUGACCCGUUAGCAACACAUAAUAAAAUGAUAAGGCCUGAAUUGGUCUUGACUACCUUAUGGCAAAAUCCGCGAGGAUAUUUCAGGACAAAUAUUACAGUCGGUCGGCCACCGUUACCAGGAGGCUGGGAUACAAAAGAUGGAGCAACUCUUCCAGGCUCACAUUGUCUUGAUUAUUAUGCAAUUCUUUAUAAAGAUGGUCACAUGCUCUCCAUGACUUGUUUGCAAAUUUGGCCGACUUGGAUGUAUGAUUCGAGGAGAGAAAUCGGCAUGCUUCCUAUCGGCAGCCUAAUGAUACCUGGGACACAUAAUUCUGGUUGUUACAAACAUGGAGAUCUGACUCGCCGGGAUGCCUUUCAACGAUACUUAUUAACGCAAGAUCGCGACGUUUGGACGCAACUGGUGCACGGCAUCAGAUAUUUGGAUAUCAGAGUUGGAUAUUAUCCAUCGAUUCCGAACGGCACCGCACUCGACGAAGAAGGCAAUCAUGUAAAUAGAUUUUGGGUCAAUCACGACGUCAUUCGCAUUACACCUCUUUCGGAAAUCAUAAAAGACGUGAGAAACUUUUUAGAUGCGGCGAGGGGUGAAGUUGUUAUUAUGGAUUUUCAUAGAUUUCCCGUGGGCUUCGAAGGUAGAUCAAACAGACAUCGAAAAUUGAUAGCUAUUUUACAUCAAGAAUUCGAAGGAUUAAUUUUGAAACCAGAUAGAGGGGUCGAAGGCCUAGGACCAACAUUAAAUGAUAUUUGGACCGACGGGAAGAGAUUAAUUAUUUGUUAUGGCGAUAAACAUAUAGUAAAUGACUACGACUGGCUAUGGCCACCCUUGACGCAAGUAUGGGGCAAUCAACAAACCGUGGAGGGUUUAUUCGAAUACUUGGACGAAGAAAUUUUGGGAUCAAAAAGACGCAAGAAUAGUCAAAAUCCAUUGUGGGCAGUAAUGGCAGAACUGACGCCAUUCCCAUUAGAUAUUUUCUUUAAUCUAUCUGGCGGACUUCGGCAGAUGGCUGAUUCUGUUAAUCGAAAUCUUACGGUCAAGUUUCAAGAGGAGUGGUGGAAGGAAACGAAUAUCGUGGCUACAGAUUUUUUUCUCGGAAACGAUUUAAUCUGGGUAUCAAGAAUGUCGAACAUAAAGAAAAGUAAUAUCGCACAAUGGCGUUUAUAGUCAAUAUGUAAAAUUACAUUGAUAGCAAAAUCAUUUUUUGUUUUAAAAAAGCAAUUAUAAAAUAAAACGAUCGUUUCUACACACAUUAAACACUUUCUCAUACAUUAUAUUACAGAUAAAAUAAUAU